GCACGACGCAGCCCAUCGUUCGGCACUUCAGUUCCCUUGUUCUCUCCGUUUUCUGCAGAUGCUCUCGUGCAAAGCAUGAGGGAAUAAUAACCGUGCCUUAUUACGUUCUCCUUUCUUGAAUUCUCCAAUUACAUUAUGCUUAGCCGUUCCAUACUGCCUCUUACGAGGCGCCGAGUCCUCACCUCCACUCUCCGCGUAUCCUCUUCCCUCUCCGUCCAGCAUACACGAUGGUAUGCGAAGAACAACAGACAGAACCCGCCGUAUAAGCUCCCUGAUUUCUUAAAAGAUCCCAAGUCUGAGAAAUCGGGUAAAGCUGCUACACCAGACCAGAAGCCAGAAGUGGAUUCAACAGAACAAGCGGAGUCCGACACGACCGCCCAGCCUAAGAAAGAAGCACAGGAACAGACUGAACCGGCGCCCCCGAAAAAUCCUCUCCCUGAUCUUACCCAGGGUAUUCCCUCGACACUGGAGGCGGAGCUUGAGGCUUCCCGUCCAAAGAAACGUCCAUUGAACCUUACCGAGGAUCCGUCUCAGGCCGAUGAGUACCAAGACGCUGGCAAUGGUGGCGGGGACAUUCCCAAGGACGCCUACGUCUCUUCACUUGAUCGCAAGCGGGCCCGUAUGGCAAACAUCACGUAUGCGCUCUUUUUACUAGCAGGUGUAGGAACGACGGUUUACUUUGGUCGCAACUGGGAUACUGAGGAGGAAGCCCACGCGCACCCGGAUGCCCCAUCCGGUUGGGGAUUGAAGCUAUUUUACAAUCGUAUCAAGGCCCGCCUUAACGACUUCACCAGCUACUACAAAGACCCCGCCUUCCCGAAGCUCCUUCCCGAUGAAGAUCCACAAUUUCGCCAACCUUACACCUUGGUUCUCAGUCUGGAGGAUUUGCUUGUGCACAGUGAGUGGACUCGUGAACAUGGAUGGCGUCUCGCCAAGCGACCCGGUGUCGACUACUUCCUUCGCUAUCUCAACCAGUACUAUGAGCUUGUGCUCUUCACCAGUGUUCCCAGUAUGAUGGCCGACCAGGUUCUACGAAAGCUUGACCCUUACCGUAUUAUCCGCUGGCCGCUAUUCAGGGAAGCAACCAAGUAUAAGGACGGCGAAUACAUCAAAGAUCUGUCUUACCUGAACCGCGAUCUUUCGAAGGUCAUUCUCAUUGAUACUAAGGAAGAACAUGCUCGUUUGCAACCAGAAAACGCCAUUGUCCUCGAUAAAUGGGACGGCAACCCCAGAGAUAAGACCCUGGUCGCGUUGAUACCUUUCCUCGAAUAUGUCGCCGGUAUGGGCGUGGAAGAUGUCCGCCCUGUCCUGAAGUCCUUCGAGGGCACCUCUAUCCCCAUUGAAUUCGCCAAGCGCGAGAAGAUUAUGCGUGAACGAUUUGAGAAGGAGCUCGCAGAGGAACAGAAAAAGCGACCUCGCAGCGGACUGGGCACUUUCGCUUCUGCCUUGGGACUGAAGCCGCGGGCUCUCGACGGCGAGCAAUCUCCCUCUGAGGGAUUGGCCCAAGGAAAGAUGCUUUGGGAUCAGAUCCGGGAACGCGGUCAGAAGAAUUAUGAGAUGAUUGAAAGGGAAAUCCGCGAAAAUGGAGAGAAGUGGUUGGCUGAGAUGGCCGCUGAGGAGGAGAAGGCGAGACAAGAACAAAUGCAGAGCAUGAAGGGAUCCUUUGCCAGCAUGUUCGGAGGCGGUGAGAAGCAGUAAAGAUUCGACAUCCGGAUCUGCUUCAGGAGUCUCCCUUCCCUUCUUCUCCCAUUUGGUUUUACGCCCUUCUUAAGAAAGGGAAUUAUUGUUAUUUCUCCCUGGUAUAAGCUCUGAUCUUUAUUAUUUGUCAUGGAUGGGGACUGUAAAUUAGGGGGUUUGGUCUUUGAUUUCCCCUUUCUCUGCUUUCCUCCUUUCUCACUGCCCUUUUUUUACUUUUUUGGCUUCUGUACAUUUCCUUAAGGAUAUUUGUAAUGACAUUCAUUCGAGGAGGGAGUGAAAGACGAUGGAUGUCUUGGUGACGAUUACGGAAUAUAUAUCGAUAGAAAGCAGUGGCCAAGAGAAAUCGACAGUAGUAAUAGAUGAUCAGAACUCGUGUCACCAGAGAGCUUAAGAGUCUAAGAGUGAUAUAGUCUAUGAGAUUCUAGUUUGAACGACUCAAUGAAUGAG